AUGAGUAGAAACGUGGACAAGGCAAACUCAGUUCUUGUAAGAUUUCAAGAACAAAAAGCCUAUGAAGAAACAAACUAUAAAGAUUAUUCACGUUAUAAGAGACCUACAAGGGUGACCAAAGUGAAAUCUCUCGAAGAGGCAUUGGAAUGGAAAAGACAAGUUCAAUUAGAAAUCAAUAAUAAAACAAGCAGGAUAUUCGAUAUUACCUCUAGUGAUAGACAAAUUAGAGAUUUAAAUGAUGAAUUGAACGAUUUGAUUAAAGAACGGAAUAGGUGGAAUUGGCAUAUUUCUAAUAAUUUGAAUGGGGGAACCAUAGUGAAGAAUGCACAAAAUAAGGAAAAGAUAUUGGGAGGGAAAUUAAUUCAUGGAGUUAGAUAUUUCGGAAGAGCUUUAGAGUUACCGGAAGUUCAAGAGUUAAUUAAGAAUGAGAAAAAGGAAAGAGAAAGUCGUCAUUCUAAAAUAGCGAAAUAUAUUGAUUUAAAACGUAUACCCAAAUAUACAAAGAAAACUUUAUAUUACAAUAGCCGAUGCCUUAGAAAGGCAGAUUUGGAAAAUAUAGAAAAAUUUGAAGAUCAUUGGAGACCUAUCUUAAGAGAAUACUAUAAAAAGGAGAAGAUUGAAGAAGAUACUAAUGAGACUGAUGAGAAAGGGAUAGAUGAAGGAACAAAACAAUUGACAAGAAUACCUACGAUAAAAGAAAUGGAAACAUGGUUAGUUGAACGGCGUAGAAGGAAGCUAUUAGAAGAACUUUCUUUGUGA